AUGAUUUUUCAAAAUAAAUCAAGUUUUUUUGGCGGUUUUGAUUCACAGGACACAAUUGGUCCUUAUGCUCAAUCAUUAAUAACAGAAGGCGUACAAAAAGGUACUUGGGUUGUUUUACAAAAUUGUCAUUUAGCUGCAAGUUGGAUGCCAAAAUUAGAGCGUAUAUGUGAAGAACUUCUAGUACCAGGUAAAGUUCAUAAUGAUUUCCGUCUCUGGUUAACAUCUUAUCCAUCGGAUCUGUUUCCUGUCACUAUAUUACAAAAUGGUAUUAAAAUGACUAAUGAAAGUCCAAAAGGCUUACGAGCUAAUUUACUUCGUUCAUAUUUAAAUGAUCCAAUUAAUGAUCAAACAUUUUUUAAUGAUUGUAAUAAACCAGAAAGAUGGAGAAAACUUUUAUUUGGUCUUUGUUUUUUUCAUGGUCUUGUACAAGAACGAAGACAAUUUGGUCCAUUAGGAUGGAAUAUUCCAUAUUUUUUUGAUGAAUCCGAUCUUCGAAUUUCUUUACGACAACUUCAGAUGUUUCUUAACGAUUACGAGGACUUGCCCUUAGAAGCGAUAUCAUAUUUAGUUGGCGAAUGUAAUUAUGGUGGUCGUGUUACAGAUGAUAAAGACCGUCGUUUGCUUCUUUCGUUAUUAUCUGUUUGUAUCAAUGCUGAUGUGGUAAAUGCAGAUAAAUACCAAUUUUCCGAAAGUGGUACUUAUUAUGUUCCACCAGAUGGUUCACAUCAAAAUUAUGUCGAUUAUAUUCGAACAUUACCAUUAAAUCCAUUACCAGAAGUAUAUGGUUUUCAUUCCAAUGCUGAUAUUACAAAAGAUCAACAAGAAACACAAACACUUUUUGAUAGUAUUCUUCUUACAUUACCAAAACAAACAUCAGGUGGUGAAGGUCGAACACCAUCAGUUGUUAUUGAUGAAUUAGCCGCUGAUAUUCUUAGUAAAUUACCAGCUGAUUUUGAUACAGAAACUAUUGGUAAAAAAUAUCCUGUUCUUUAUAAUGAAUCAAUGAAUACAGUAUUAAGACAAGAAAUUAUUCGUUAUAAUCGUUUAACAUCUGAAGUUCGAAAAACAUUAGUUGAUUUACGGAAAGCAAUUAAAGGUCUUGUAUUAAUGUCGUCUGAACUUGAAGAAGUUUUUAAUGCAAUGUUUGUUGGUAAAGUACCAAAUGCAUGGGCAGCUAAAUCUUAUCCAUCAUUAAAACCCUUAGGAAGUUAUUUAAAUGAUUUAAUGGCUCGAUUAAAAUUUUUACAAACAUGGAUUCAAAAUGGACCACCGAAUGUUUUUUGGAUAAGUGGUUUCUUUUUUACGCAAUCAUUUUUAACCGGUAAGUUUAAAAAAACAUUUACUUUAAUACUCAAAAGAAAAGCUUUUUUAAACUUAGGUGUUCUUCAAAAUUAUGCUCGAAAAUAUACAAUACCAAUUGAUAAACUUGCUUUUGAAUUUGAUAUCUUACAAGAAGAUAAUGAUAUGGCUCAUAAACCAGAAGAUGGUGCAUAUAUAAAAGGACUUUUUCUUGAAGGUGCUCGUUGGAAUAAAACAACUCGUGUUCUAGAUGAGUCUUUACCAAAAGUUUUAUUUGAUGUUUUACCUAUAAUAUGGUUAAGACCAGGUAAUAUGGAAAAUUUUGCAGUAGUUAAUACAUAUUCAUGUCCUGUUUAUAAGACAAGUGCUAGACGUGGUGUACUUAGUACAACAGGUCAUUCAACAAACUUCGUACUUUUAAUAGAACUUCCAUCAGAUAGAACAAAACGACAUUGGAUAAAUCGCGGUGUUGCUGCACUUUGUCAACUGGAUGAUUAA